UAUCUUCCAAAUAUAGGCCUACUUAAAUUAGAUUUUUAAAUAACCUAAAAUAAAAGGGUUUGAAUGCUUAAAUAUGAUCUUUGGCGUUUUUUUAUGUGCCCCUCUGAUUAAACACUGGCCCCUGCUUGGCCCCCACAGUAAAACUGGUCUAGAACCGCCACUGUUAAGAAGAUAGGAACAUUUACAGGAAAUCCAAGACAGAAGUAGGAAGUGUUGACGUCACGGAUGUGUUCUCCUUUAAGAGGUUGCACCUGAACCCUGCAGACAUCAGUCCAGCUUCUCCCUCUCAGCCCUGCACACGCUGUUCAUAAAGUCUCAUGAUUGAGUGAAGGCCGGGUGCUGACACCAUGGGGGACAUGUACCAGUACCCCGUCUUCUUCGAGAGUCCCAGUCUGGACGGAGAAGUUCAGAGGAAGAGGACAGAAAAGUAUUUCCAAAUUCGGCGCAGAUCAGGAGGAGGAGACUGCGGCCCGAUCACAAACAUACACGAUAAAGUUUACAGCAUCGCUUUUAGAGAGCGAGAAGCUCAGCAAAGAGUCCUGCAGAGAUCUAAACACGUCUUGGAGUUUGAAGGUUCUUCCCUGGUGCUGACUGUGCGAGACAGCCCAGAACCUUCCGCCUGCUCUUCUGUCACCACAUCGCCUACAAGCAAGUCAAUUAGUACAAAACCAGACUUAACUUCAUCAAAGCAGAGACAACAGUCCAUUGUUACUUCAAGCCUGCCAACAAGUGGUGAAGAAUAUGAACUACAACCUGAUGCUUACCUCCUGCGUUUCUUGAAGGAAUGUCCCAAGGCUUUGGAAAAGCUAGAGACAGACCUAGCCUCUGUUGCCUGCUCUGCUCAGCUUUACCCUAAAGAAGGGAAGAUUGUAGUUAGCCAUUUAGCUCCAUCUGGUUCUGCAGAUGAUGUUAAAAAUUGGAAAAAAGAGGUAGACAAAGUUUUUGAUGGUUACCCGUGCCACUAUGAGUUGGAGUCUCACAAAAUCAAAGCUUUGCUUCAGUCCUGCAGCUCUGGUCAAACCACAGAUGAAGUGAAAGUCUACAGCGAGCUCGGGGUGGCUGUUGUUGUUGGAGAACGUUCUCAGGUGAACGCCUGUUUGAAGGAUGUAGAGGACUUGCAUGGUAAACAAAGGUCACUUUCAACUGAGAAGCAAACCAGCAUUCGCCGACUGGGCCAGGCCAAGCUCCGUCUCCUCUGGGAAGAGAUUGAGCAAAAUUUGGGUCAAGAUUUUCCAGGAGUGAAAGUCACACGCCAAGCUGCAGGUCAGUUAGUUUUUGAAGGCUCUGUGGAGGAGAUUGUUAAGGCUGGCGAAUGGCUCUCUGGUCUCGAGAAUUUGGUGUUGGAAAGGAAAGUUUCUAAAAUGAGCCCACAUUUUUUUACCUUCGUGAGGAAGGCAUACGGUGGUUCAGGGGAGCUAGGCCACUUUUUAGGGGUCGGUGACAAGGUGGAAAUAGAGUUACGGGACACAGAGAUACGUUUCUUCACCCUUUCUGCCAAUAAUCUGGACGAUGCAGAAAAGAAGCUGCAUGAAAAAUUAAAGGAAGUCAAGAUUGAUGUUCCAAGCUGCUCCACUGUGCCGUCUGAUCUACGGGACAAGCUCAAGUCCAAAACCAAUGAGAUGAACCAGGAGCAAUACAGGGCUCAGGUGGUGUUUGGGUCAGACAGCACGGUGUUCUUACUGGGCCACGCCAAAGAGUUCGAAGAGCUGAAUGAAGCUGUUGGACAGUUUAUUUUGGACCAGGCAAGCAUAGAAAGCAAAGUUGUUCUCCGUUACCCAGAGUUGGUAGAACUAUUGCCAGAAUUGUUGCAGCUGCAUAGAUUUGACGAUUCAGGGGUCACCUUCUAUCCUUUAACAUCUUCCUCUGGGCCCAUGGUGGUGCUGGAAGGUCCAUCCGGCAAAGUGACAGAGGUCAGGAACAGACUGGGUCCUCUUAUGGACUCCCUUGUUCAGGAUAAGAUCACCAUUGACCUGCCAGGGGCAGUGAGGUAUUUUGAAACUCCUUCUGGCAGAGAGAGCAUUUUAAGUGUUGCUCAUUCUCAGAAGUGUCUGAUACAGUUUCAGGAGCCUCACGCUACUAGACAGAUUCUGGCGUCUGGUGCAGGAUUGAUUAAAGGAAGCACAACAGUUGCUAGCUACAGUUUUCGUGGCGGGCUCCAGGUGCUGGUGUGUCAGGGUGACAUCACCAAACAGGAAGCUGAUGCCCUGGUGAACGCCGCCAAUGAAGACUUGGACCACGGCGGAGGCGUUGCAGCUGCACUCAGUAAAGCAGGUGGUCCUCAGGUGCAGAAGGAGAGCAGAGCUUUAGUAAAGCAGACUGGAAAGAUCUGUGUAGGUGAUGUUGUAGUGACCACAGGAGGGAACUUAAACUGCAAGAAACUGCUGCAUGCUGUUGGGCCUGUAGGUGGGAAAUCAGGUGGAAAAGAAAGGGCGUUACUGGAAAAAACUGUCCAGUCUGCUCUGGAUUUAGCAGAGAUGAUGGAGUUCAGGUCUCUCGCCAUGCCUUGUAUCAGCUCAGGGAUAUAUGGUGUACCUGUCACUGUCUGCUCUGAUGCUAUUGUAACUGCUGUUAAGAAGUUUGGCAGUCAGGGAGAGAGAAGUCUUAGAAGAAUAAUCCUGAUUGAUAACAGAGGAGAGGUGGUGGGGGCCAUGCAGGCAUCAUGUGACCGGCUGCUCCAAGGGAUAACUACUGGAAACAGUGCAGCAAGAGAUCUGGAGUUCCAGACGGAGGCUGCUGCCCAAGACUCUGCAGGAGGAGCCACUGCUGGAGCUCCUGGAGGUGGUGUCCACGUAGAGAUCAUUCAGGGGACCAUCGAGACCCAGCAGGUGGAUGCCCUGGUUUCCCCUAUGGCUAGGCAUGAUCCUCUCUCUACCCGUGUUGGAAAAAUUUUGUCCAACAAGGUUGGACCUCAGCUGGCCGCAAAGUUUCACACGGAAGCAGGAGGAGCAACUCUGCCUGGUGACAUAGUCGUGGUGGAAGGACUGCCUGCACUUCAGUCUAAAGGAGUGGUCUUCCUGAACCUCCUUCCCUGGGAUAACAACCAACAAGGAACUGCAGUCCAGGCUCUGAGAAAGGGCAUCAGAAAAACUCUGGCGUCCUGUCAUAUCAAAGGCUUUAGUUCGGUGGCUCUCCCUGUGCUCGGGACCGGUGCUCUCCUGUGUUUUCCUCACAGCGUGGCAGCUAAGGUUAUCCUGGACGAGGUCCGGGAAUUUGAACAGAACCGAAUCAGCACAACAUCUUUCCUGAUCCGUAUUGUCAUCCACCCGAACGACAAAGAUUCUAGCAAGGCCUUUCAGUCUGCUCAAGAAACUUUGCAUCUCAGAGGAUACACCAAUGAUGCUAACCCAAACCAAGCUUCCUUUUACCGGCAUGUCUCUGAAACCAACGAGGAAGUCACAGCCACGCUGGGUGGAGUCAGGCUUCAGAUGGUCCUCGGUGACAUCAUCCACGAGAGCACUGAUGCCAUUGUCAACACAACCGACUUCUCCAACAACCCAGCUGGUGUGUCUAAAGCCAUUCUGACUGCAGCAGGACCCACUGUCCAAGCUGAGUUGACACAAGUGGGAAUGCCAGCAGACUUGAUGUGCUCCACAGGACCCGGGUUGCUUGGCUGUAGAGAAAUCAUUCAUGCUAGUUUCAAGUGUGACCCUCAAAUAAUUCGGAAGAAUUGCAAAAAUAUACUGACGCAAUGUGAGAGCAAAGGCUACUGCUCCGUGGCCUUCCCAGCUAUCAACACUGGUGUGGCCGGGAUGGACUCGGCCAAAGCUUGUAAAGCCAUGCUGGACGGCAUUACCUCAGCUAUUACGGACUUGAAACCAAAAUCUCUCUCACUCGUCCGCUUUGUCAUCCUCCAGCAGCCGGUCUUCCAAGCUUUCAGAUCAGAGCUGGAAAACCGAUUUGGACUAACAGCAACUUGCCACCUCACCCUAAAAGAAAAAGCCAAACAAAAGCUCAAGAAGUGGCACGACAAAUAUUCAAAAACUUCCACAACUUCAGCUCCUAAAGGCAAAACCUUCCCCUCCUCAAAGCCGCCGCCAGCCGUGAUGAGUGUAAUCGGUUGCGGUCAGGGUGCAAUCAAGAACAUCAUGAGAGAUUUGGAGGGGAUUGUGCACAAGCAGCUGGCAGAGAGAACGGUGGACGUGAUUGAUUUCUCCAGGCUCGACGCCAUGGAGGUGGACGCAGUGCAGGCAAAGGUCAAAGUGUUAGGGAUUAGUCUGGAGCACAAGAAAGGUCAGAGUUCUGGACAGAGUUCAGGCAUGGACGUCUACGUCCUGAAAGGCCUAAAGGAGGACGUGUUGAGCGUCCUUGAGCUUGUACACAAAGCAGUCCAAAAAGCACUCUGUGAAGACCUCCAAGAUAAAAAAGAAGCGAUGUUGGCUCUAGACACCCAGUGGUCGAUUCAGGAUAUAAAUAAGGUCUGGCACGAGCUGAGCCUGCAUGACAACUCCAAGCUGGAGGAGGCUCACCAGAAGAACCAAGAGACGGUAGAAAUGAAGGCACCAGACGGUACGAUGGUGACCGUCAACCUGAGGAAGAAAGAAGCCACCAACCAGCACACAGGCAUCACGCGCAAAGUGAAGAGGAACGAGUCUAACACAGCCUUAGAGCUGCCGCCACAGUGGGAACCAAUGCAGGACGAAGUCUUUAAAAAGGUCGAGCUGCAACCAAACUCAAGAGACUACAAGACCGUAGCCCAGGGUUUCCUCAAAACGGCAAAAUACAACAUCCACAAAAUUGAGCGUGUGCAAAACCUCUACCUGUGGCACGCCUAUACUGUGUGUAAGCAGCGUAUAUCUGCCAAGAACGGUCCAGCAGAGCUUGGAGAGAAGUUUCUGUACCAUGGCACAAAUGCAACGUCAUGCAACCUCAUUGAGAAGGACAGAUUUGACAGAAACUAUGCAGGAACACAUGCUGCUGCGUAUGGAAAGGGAGUUUACUUUGCAGUCAAUGCAAAGUAUUCAGCCGAUCGCUAUUCCCAACCAGAUGCGUCACACAUGAAGCGUCUGUAUGUGGCUCGUGUGCUGACCGGCCGUUACACGGUCGGUGAUUCUACCAUGAAAGCCCCCCCCCCUCGAGGCUCGGACCCCACCGACUGCUACGACAGUUUGGUUAACAACCAGCAGCAGCCAACCAUGUUCAUCGUCUUCCACGAUGACCAGGCCUACCCAGAAUACCUCAUCACCUUCAGCUGAGUAAAUAAUGAAAAAAUCAUGGUUCAACUCUCUGCAAUGCUAGUGAUUCUGGUCAAAUAAGACAAAAAUAGUUAUGUGCCUUAUAUUUUGUUUUUAGUAAAUGUUUGCUGCCGAUGAGUUUAAACCUUUAACCUUCUGAACCCCAACAAGCUGUUUCAGGGAGUUUUUUGCACUUUUUGCAAUUUACUUACCGUGGACUUGUGUUUCACUGCAAUAUAUAAAAUAUAUACAUUCUGCAGCUCUAUGGAAUCAGUGCAAUCAUGGCUAGAAGUGUGGACAAGUUGAAUUUCUCUAAUAAAUUAUAGAGAAAGAAACACUUAUCCAAUUACCCACAAGUGCCAUGAAUAUUGGGGAAAAAAAUUGGGUCUCCACAUGCUAAACAUAUUGUCCUCUCCCCUCAGCUCUGUGUAAACAGAUUUUCAGUGAAUAUUUGUCACGUGACCGUUCGUCUUGGCAGAAUUAAUCAUCAACCAAUCAAAUAGGAUCUAGGUAUUCAAAACAGUUUAUUUUUUAAUAAAGCAAUUAUUUUUACAGAAAUUUCACGAUUUUAAGCUUCAUUUUGGUUACCUCUUCUAACGGAAACUUUCUUAACCAAUGAUGAACCAUUCAAGGACCGUUUGAAAGUUCAAUGAUAAUGCCUGUUUGUACAGUUUCUUUUCAUGAUAUUCUGUGAUUUAUUCAUUAAAGAAAACCUACGGGGUUCAGAUGGUUAAAUUGAUGCAGCAGAUUUAAACGUAAUGCUCAAGAACUACAUUUAGACCUACCUUAUUCCCAUUAUGAUGGAUCAGGGAAAAAACAAGAAAAAAGUUUUUGGCCAUUUCAAAGUGCAAUAAUUGUUAUUGAUUGAAUAUUACCUGGGAUAGACAUUUUAUAAACAGUAGUCUAAUAGCUGUGAUGUACCAGACAUCAUCCAAAGUGGCCACAUUAUGGUUUGGAACAACUGUACGGCAUUACAUAUGCAAGUAAUAUUGAAUACACAUUCUGCCUGUAUAUACCACUUUAUAAUGUUAACCAUGCCAUGUUGGUAUCAUUCUUUUCAGUAAAACCUCACCUAUAUGACCUGAUAAUAUUUUUUUUUUAAUUUGGACUUACUGGAUCAAAAAUUAAAACCCCCAAAAACACAAAAAUCAGAUUUUGAAAAUGAUGCAUUUUUUUCAGUCAAUCAUGCUCAAUGAAGAAUUUUAAAUGUUGACUCGUUAUCUCGAGUUUAACUCAGCCAAUCAUCAUUAAACAAAAACUGGCAUUGAGUUUAAAGCCAGAACUUUAGAGGGAAGCUGACGUCAGGGAAACACGCUUGUUUUUACGCUGUGACGUCAUGAAAAAGUCGUAAUUUGAUCACCCCGUCUUGAUCGGUGACUCCAGAGGGUUAAUUUAAAGUUACGGCUCAACAAGUUGCAUCUCCAACGUUUUCCCUCAGUUGAGAAUCUGUAUUGCUCAUUGAUUCACUCUUGAUUACAGAGUGACACUGUUGAUCUGACUUUUUUCAAGCCAUAACUCGAAACUUUAACCGGUCCUGACCAGGCUAGCCUCGCAGCAUGGUGAUCUAGUCAGGUCAAAAGAUGGGUAUUCUGGCUUUACUGGGAAUCCCAACUGGGAGUGAGACGUGAGCGGCGCGUAUAUGUUCUAUUUUCCGUCAUGUUUAGUGAAUCGUUUUCUGCAUAGACGGCUGUUAAAAUCACACAAUCCACUGUAUAUGUGUUUUGAACUUAUCUGACGCAUGAUAACUGAUCAAUCAAGGCUCCCGGUCUGUUUGUGAGCUUCACUCUGCAGCAGGCUGACUGACAGCAGAAAUGUGAUAAUAAUAGUAAUAAUAAGUAAUAAUAUAAGUAAUAAUAAUAAUAGGUUUCAUGUCGUCUUCUUGGGAAGAUGUCAACAAGGCUUGUAUGUAUUGUUUGAUCGAUUGUAGUGACUGAGCGGGAAUCUGCACCUAGUGAAACAGGAACACAAACAGACCGGGAGUCUUGAUCAGUGAACGUAGAUGUGGUUCAUAAGUUAGAAACACACAUACAGCAAGAUAUUUGUGUGAUUUAAAGAGCUGUCAAUGCAAAAAAUGCUUCACUUAAUAUAACAAAAAAAGACUUGAGCGUGAAAUGUGGCGGGGCUCCGUGAGAUGUGAGUCUGACACAAUGAAUUGAUUGGAAUCAUAAUUAGAUUUGUGAGUCGCAGGAGUCAUGGACAUCAAAAACGCGUCUAAAAUCGCAUCCAAUGGCAAUUGGGGACUGUUGUUAAUUACAGUUUGAGGGAAAUGUAUUUUGUCGUUGAUUCUGUUAGUAUUUGAUGUAUCACAAAUACAUUUGUAUUAAAAAGUUGAUAAGUUUGCAUAUGAAGGAGGUCUUGGUAGAUAGUUUAAGUCAAACAAAUGCGGGACUUUCACCCAGGAGAUCACUGCUCAUGCCAGUGUGAAACUUUAAUUUGAUGAAGUUACCUUAACCUAGCCAAGAACUGUAGUUUUUGUUUUUUGCACUCCAGUUGUAUGUUAAAAUGGUUUCUGGGAGACGGGGUUUCAACUGAACCAGCUGAUAUAUUUACAGACUUGUAAAGACUUACAACAUUAACAUUUUCUUGUUUUAGAACUUAUAUUUCUUAUCCUCCGAAGCAGACAUCAGUAUCAGUAUGCAAUAUAAUAAAAUGUCAUGUUACUCCUGUUGAGCGAUGUGCAAUAACAUUCAUUUGGCAAAGAUUGUUUUGUAUCUUCUUUUUAUUUUAUCUUUCGGAUUAACACAGUAUUUUAGUAUAGAUUAAGCAUUUGUUUGUCUAAUUUCUUUUUUCAGCAGUUUUUGGGCACUAUAUACCCAGUUAACUUCUAAGUUUGAAAUGGAAACAGAUUAAAGAUUUAAUUUGCAGGAAUUGUCACUGUGAGAUCCCUGGUUUUGGAACAAGCUUUGUCUUCUUGCUGUUUGAACUUGCUGUAUUUUUUAUUUUCUGUGCUGUGUACACUGUCUUUGUGUCCAAAGGGGGACGUCCAGAAACGUCUCAAACACAGCAAAAUUAAAAGAAAAGAGAAAAAAGAGAGCCUUUUCAUUGUUUUUCAGGAAAAUCCUGCAUUGUUCACCUUUUAAAUGUAUGUAAAAUAUUACAUACAGAGCCAACAUACAUUAAAACAAGCCAUGCAAAUGAAUAAUAAGCCUUGAUUCCCUUCUUCUUCUUUUUUUUUUUAAGUGUUUAUAAAAUUAUCUGCGUGUUUAACUGAUUUAUUGGAAGUUGCUGCACAUUAUUUUGGAAGUACAAUUUUGACACUAGACUGCCCCAAGUGAAUAUAUUGUUUUAAAAAAAUCAGUUUUAAGGGAAUUUUAGGUGAAAAUUAAAAUAUUUCCUUGAUGGUUUCAUGAAAAAAACAACAAAGUAAAGUUAUUUCAGACUAUAAAAGUAAAGAGGAACAAUUGAGUCACUUUUAUUGACAAUUUAAAGAGGAAUACAACUUUAGUAAUGUCAAUAAAAGCUGAAAUAAAAUGGUUGUAAAUGAGGUAAUGCUGUCUGUGGUACAUAAUGAUUAAAACGUACAAUUAAAUGAUGCGACUGAUCGACCAAAUUUAAAAAACAAACUGUUCAAUAAAUGAAACUGUACAAAUAUAAAA